AUGAAGUACAACCGAAUGCCCAUUGAGAUCGAAGCACCCGAAGAAUAUGGCUACGAGAAUAUCAAGUACAACUUGUCCGAAAGUUCCAUCACCGACCAAUCUCUGGGAUCUUUGGGUUUACAAGUCCCCGAUUUGAAGUUGCUUUACAACGAGCAUCAAGGAGGCACCGCCCUCCGCAAGCUCGUGAUCCAGGGAUCUGAAGGCCUCACCCACGAAGACGUUCUUAUCACGACCGGUGCCGCGGGUGCUUUGUUCAUUAUCGCUAGUUCCCAACUCAGCGUGAACGAUCACCUCGUCGUCGUCCGACCAAACUAUGCAACCAACCUUGAGACUCCCCGGGCACUUGGAUGCGAGAUUUCCUUCAUUGAUCUUGCCUUUGAAACUGGCUUUCAACUUGAUGUGAGCGCCGUCAAGGCUGCGAUUAAACCAAACACCAAGGUUGUCAGCAUCACGACGCCGCACAACCCCACUGGAACGGGGAUGUCGCUUGAGACGCUGAAUGCGCUAGUGGCGCUCACCAAGGACAAUGGCCUUAUACUGCUGGUUGAUGAGACUUAUGCCGACAUCUCAUUUGAUGGACGGCUACCCAUCGCUGCCUCUCUGGGAGACCAUGUAAUCAGCGUGUCUUCUUUAUCCAAGUCUUACGGCAUUCCGGGCAUUCGACUUGGGUGGCUUAUCAACAAGAACCCUUCGCUCCAAGAGACUUUCUUGGCAGCGAAAGAGCAAAUCAGCAUCAGUGGCAGUGUGGUUGAUGAAUGGAUUGGCGAGCAAGUCUUGUCGCGCAAAGAGGAGAUUCUAUCCGCUACGAUCCGCGAGAUGAAGGAUCGCCGCGAAAUUGUGGCUGCAUGGAUCGAGAAGGACGACUUACUGGAAUGGGUUCGGCCCGAUGGUGGUGUUGUCUGUUUCCCGCAUAUCAAGAAGGGAUUUGAGCCGGCGGGUGGACUGGCGGCAUUUUAUCAUCGCCUGCUCCACAAAUAUGGCACUUAUGUUGGACCUGGACACUGGUUUGAGCUCCCAGAUACAUUCUUCCGUUUGGGCUAUGGAUGGCCCACCAUCGAAGAGCUCAAGGGCUCCCUCCUUUGCUCCCCACACGUCUACUCUUCACUGUUCAGCAUGGCCCCAGCAACCGGCGAGGAAGAUCUCUCGAUUCUUCUAGCAACAAUGCAACCGAUGCUAGACCCUACAACCUAUGUCUUCCUUACAACAAAAGACCCUCUCGAUUCACUUCCACUGGCAACACUUAAACCGCAGCUGGUUGUUCAAGAGGAUGAGGGCACCACGCUCGUUACGACUGAAAGCUUAGUCGAAUCGCACGGGUUCAAGGAGCCUGUCUUCCCUUGCAAAAAGAUCUCCCUCAAGAUACACUCUAGCCUGGAAGCUGUUGGGCUGAUCGCUGCUAUCUCAAACCGCCUCAAAAAUGACGGGAUUAGCACCAACGUGGUCAGUGGAUACUUCCAUGACCAUAUUUACGUUCCAAAAGGGCGAGCAGAGGAUGCGAUGCGGGCUCUGGCAGAUUUGGUGGAAGAGGCGAAGAAAUGA